GGGGACCUUUCACCUCACCUUCGACCUCUCAACCUCCUGCAGGUCCCGACAUCAGGCCCAAACACCGGACAAGUCACACCCCCUCACCCCUUCAAGGUAAUCACCGUGUUGCCUUUCCACGAGUAGUACACGCGCCCACGGAACCGGAACCGAUAUUGUCAGUGUGAAUUGGGGCUGUGGAGAUGGACAGACCUUGGGGCAACAGGAAGAAGGGGUCUAAUCACCAUCUUUUACCACUGCGUUGUUUCCUCUUGGCCAUUUAGGAACACUCAGUCUGGGACUAUGUUCAGGUCUGGGCUCAGCAAAUGCGAGUGCGACGUCCGAUCCCAACCCCAUGCCAUUCGUCCUCCAUCGCCGAAUCGUCUUGUCGCGGCUACCGUCCUCCUUGCUUCAAGGCGCUCACUUCACGCCCCCUUCGAUCGAAGAAGGCCAUACCUGUCCCCCGUCGGACACCACCAUGGAACGCAACUGCACCCAGGGUCUGUACGUCACCGGAAGAAACAUGCCUUCAUGGUCUUGUCCGCAUCCGGAUCUCCUGGUGAAACGAAGAUUAAAACCACCCAAUCGGCCUCUAACAUCGUCUGGCGUGGCAUUUCUCACAGACGCCGCCAGUCAUGCAUAUCACGACCCCCCAUCAGCCGAAGCUUACUUCCUCCAUACGCCUCAAAAGAGGAGCUACGAGCAUCAGCUGAUUCAUGGCCAACCUCGUCAGGCUGGGGACAGAGGCAAGGUCGACCGCAAGCAAGCAAGCAGGUGCCUGUCUGCUGCGGCCCAGGUGCGCAAGAGCCAUUUCUCGACACCUGCUCUGUUUCCCUGGGGGCACGGUGAGGCCUGGCGCCGGGACAGACGAUGUUCCAGGGGCUCCUCCGUGAUCCGUGAUCUCGCCGCCGCCGCCACCCCAUGUUUGAGCAGCAUGCAUACCCGAACGCGUGCAUGCAGGCAAUCGACUCUUUUCUCUCCCGGGGUGGACGGAAUAGCUGCCUGCCUUGACCUGGCCAAGCCCAAGCAGAGCCCGCAUUCCACCCUCCUGGCUCACACUGAUCGUGUCCCAGACAAAAAGGUUAUGUCUCGUCUCGGGAGCUAA